AGAGGAUUCAAAACUGAUAACGAAGAACUAACACAAAAAAAUAAAACAAAACAAAAACAAAAACAUGACAGGAAAGAUCAUUGGUAGGGAGGUUGAGGCGGACGCUACCAGCCACCCCGACCCUUCCCUCUCUUUUCUAACCGGUUGCUUGUCAUACUGUCUUGAAACUUCCCCACCAUCCGAAUUGCCGUUCCCAUCAUCCCCGCGCAAGAGAGAGAGAGAGCGCGCAGUUUUCCUCAUAAAACUCACGCCCAACCCCGCUGUACAAGUCAAUUGACCACGUUACCACGCUCUCAAGUCGCUCACUCGCACGCGCACACACCCGAGAACAUUCAAAAGGGAGGAACGGCCACAGACGUAUAGCAGAUCAUCCUUUGAACUCAACCAGCACGAGAUUUGAGUUCGAUACGCCCGGUGCAGACAUAUAUCAUUCUUGUCACACCCAUAUUCUUGUUUCUAUUAUUCAAGCUCGUACACAAUUUUUCAUCUUUGAGCGUGAGUGUGUGUCAUUUUGCACGUGAGCGGUUUCAGUUGAGAAAUCGCCGUGACAUUUUUAAAGGUGCUUGAGAAACUUUAUGUUCAAGUCCUUUCUGAGUUCGUCGAAAUCUUUUCCAGUAUCGUCUUAUUAUACCGCAGCUGCUGCAAGAUCAUACAGACCAACCAUGUCCUCCAAAUCAACAAGUUCCAAUCGUCUUUCAGUCACCCCGACAGCAAAGAGUCCAAAGUCCCACUACAGAUUGGUGGUGAUGGGUGCCGCUGGAGUUGGCAAGACCGCCAUCAUCUCACAAUUCUUGUACGAUCAGUUCGUCUCAGAGUACAAAGAGACAAUAGAAGAGUUACAUCGUGGCGAGUACGACAUGAACGGUGUCAGGCUCACCCUGGACAUCCUUGACACAUCCGGGUCCCACGCUUUUCCCGCCAUGAGGAAACUGGCAAUAGACACCGGGGAUGCCUUCGUGCUGGUCUACUCCGUGGAGAACGAGGACUCAUUUCAGGAAGUAACGUCACUGAGACAACAGAUCCUUGACGAGAGAUCAGACCACGAGGCUCCUAUCGUCAUAGUGGCCAACAAAACAGACGUCGGGGAUGAAAAGCGCGCCAUAUUGCCCGAAACUGCCGAAAGCAUGGUGUGUAUGGACUGGGGCAAUGGCUAUGUGGAGGCGUCUGCUAAAGACAACGUCAAUAUCGUCGGUAUAUUCAAAGAGAUCCUGAGGCAGUCCAAAGUUCGGUACGAGCUGAGCCCCGCGGUGAGAAGACGACGGGAAUCGAUGCCAUCUUCCAGCCAGGAAGGAAAGAAGAAAGGCAAGCUCGCCAAACGCAGGACGCAGAGCGUGAAUACGUAAACAUUUUAUGACAAAGGCCUAUGUUUUGUCGAACGUUCAGUUCUCACAUUGUUCAUUCGCCACCCACCCACCCAUCGCUUCUUGCAGCAUAUCUCUUCAGAUAUUUUUGCUAUACCAGCGCGACUUCAGCUGAACAAUAUGGUUUUGCUGCGAGAGUGAAGCUUCACUGCGUUCUUACGUAAAAGCAAAGACUUUCGAAACAAUGACGUGGCAUAAAUUAUGUUGCACAAUCAACAAUUAGCGGUAAAUACAGCACAUAAUGCAUUGUCUGUAACUAACAUAAUGUUUUACAUAAAGAUCAUUACACUUGUCAUUGACUUAUCAACCUGGCCCCUUGUGACACUGGUUCAGAUAUAUUCAGGAAAAGCGAUUGGAGUUUCAAUAUUGACACCGUACUCUCACAGUACCUAUGAAGUUAUCCAUUGAGCAUUUGAUGCAAUUUUUUUUCACAUGUUGUUUUCGAUGUUAUUAUAACGGUACUCUGUUCAGAAAAUAAGAAAGGCUUCAAAAUUACUGUGGAUUUUCUUUUCACUUUUUCAAGCACUUGAAUUGAAAGCUAAAAUAAAAAAGUUGAGAACCGUUUAAGAGUUCACCUCCACCUCCUGGCGGUUUUUUUUUUUUUUUUGCAUAGGUUGCCACGCUCUAUCUUCAGAGUCACUGCAUGAAAACAAGGGACUGUUUUGUCUUUUCGUAUGCCGCGCCAUGUUUUAGCAUUUAUUGUUGCUUUAACAAUCGUAGAAUGUUAUAUUCAAAUGCUUGAAGGCUUUACUUGUGACUGGAUAUAAUGAUAAACUUCGAUUCAUGCAAACUUCAUCAAACUAAAAUAGCAAACAUUCCUGGCUUAACACAUAACAGAUAUAUCAAGCUGUUUGCAGUUGCAAUGCAUAUUAUUGUUCUAGCUUGUGGCAUCUGCAGGAAUUUCUUAUCUACAGAAAUCAUGCUUUAGCAGCUUUACGCUGCAUGCAGACAUAAAUUUACUAUAAGGUUAAUUCACGAUGAAAUGCAGUACUCAACAUUGUCAUAUAACGUGUAUUUGGUUGCUUUUAGAUUUGGGCCUGUUCUCAAUUCUGCCCCAGCAUAUAUUAUAGAGAUGCCCCUUUGAUACGGUGAUGUGAAAUAUGACUUCGUGUUGUUGUCCAGACAGCUUAAUCCCCUUCAAAUGACAAAUGGUCCAUUUUGAAUGUGGGAGAUAUGCCUUCAAACGAUAUACGUCCAGUUCUUUGAGUCUGCAAUACAUUAAACUAUUUGUAACACAAAAUAAUUCAUUGUAAGUUACACAAGCUCAAUAAUUGACAGACCGUUGGUUUUUGUUGGCGUAAGAGAUCUAAUUCCAUUGACUGUAUGAGGCGAUGAUUCUUAGUGUUCGUAUAAAAUUUCAACUGCAUAAACUUCUCAAUUUUACCCAUGCACACUCAGAUUUAACACCAAGGUAAAAAAAAAUACGGUGAGGUUCCAAAACAAAAAUUUUAAUUUUUCCGAAUGGAUAAUAAAGCAAUGGGACGAGAAAUCAUCGACUUUCCUAGCCCAACUAUCAAACGUUUCAACACAGCAGAAGGAAGUACCUUUAUCAGAAAAUUAUUUCUCUUGGCAAUGAGGGAAAAUAUGACAUCUGUCAAUGGUACAAAUAGUGGAAUGCAAGCUUAGUAUGAAACAGUCAGUUUUAAGGCCAAACUUAUCAGUACAUUUCCAAGAACAGCAAUAAUCCAUACCGUUGUGUCUUCACGGCUGUUUUUCAAUUACUGGAUGAUGAUAUUGGUAAAUCUAGUUUUUGUGAGCAAUGAAUGUGUGGCUUUUUCGUACAUGAAAUGGCAAGCAUAAUGAUGCAGAAAUCAUGCAUUACGGUCGAAAUGAUGUCGUGACGAAUGGUUGGAGAAAGGUAUUAGCUGUAUCAAUUUGCGUUUUGACGUGACGAAGGACAACUGAACAUAUUUUAUGUGAGAGUUUAUUUUCAACCAAAAAAAUAUGAGAACAGAAAUGACAAGAAAAGAAACAAAGCUGUUCACAUUAGAGGCUUUACGGAGAAACUGGAAACGUAUUGUUGACGCGCUGAGCGAAUAAUCAGUGCCGGGUUCACAGCUUUGGUUUCGUGUUUCAAUUGCAGUAUCUGAUCGGCACAGGUUUUAUUCUGAUUGAUGGUGAACGAAGAAAUGAGAAACGUGCUGGAAGCGUGAAUGAAUGCGUAGGAGAUUUGUUUACAUGAUUGUAGAAAAUUCAAUUAGAUGAUGAAAGAACUCGGGCCUGAGUUCCAAUUGUCGCUUGUGUUUGUUUUGUUUUUUUACCGUUAAACAACAAUCUAGAAUCACGUCCUUCACAUUAGAACAGUUGCACCCUGAGAGACCGUUACAAAAAAAUAAUUUUUACAUAUCAGAUGUUCUCCAGUUCAAAUAGUUUUAAGACUCAGUUCCUGGUGUUGACGAGAGUUUUAGAUGAAUCAUAAUACGCAUACUGUUAUAUGAUCACAAAUACAUCAUCAUGCUUUACUGUUAUUUGUAGUCUCUUAUUUUCAGCGGUGCAUUUUGUAUCAUCCGUCAUUGCCAUACUGACAUACAUGUAUAUAGUCGAUGCUUUGUUGUGAACGGGUAGCCAGACAUUAGUUUCUGGAUAGUCGUACAUAUUAUUAUGUACAUUGUGUUGCUGACGCUGAGAUGGUGUUUGUUGACAAAUGUGUAUUAUAGUAUUCUCCUGUAUAGAUGUUAUAACUUUUGAUAAAUACAUUUUUUUAUAUAAACAAC